AUGGCUGGCGUCAAAGUACUCGCAGAGUCUCCAGUUGUUCUCGAGUCUGUCCCUUCUAAAUUUAAAUUUGUGAAUGAACCCAUACGUUCUUCAGACUCUGAUUCAAUCCCCAUGAUUGAUUUUUCCUUGCUCACCUCUGGUCAUCCUGAUCAAAGGUCCAAAUUCAUCCAAGACCUUGGCAAAGCAUGUCAAGAAUGGGGCUUCUUCAUUCUUGUAAAUCACGGAAUACCGGAAAACGACAUGAAUGCCAUGGUCGAAGCGGCUAUGGAAUUUUUCAAUAUGCCGGCGGAGGAAAAGCAGCAGUAUGAACCAAAGAACGCUUCUGAUCCUAUUAAGUGUGGUAAUUUUGAUGUCACAGAUACCUCAAACCGGACGUUCACCUUAUGGAGGGAUUACUUGAAGCUCUAUGUGCAUCCUGAAUUUCAUUGUCCUCUUAAACCCAAAACUUUGAGGGAAGCUUUACUGCAUUACAGCGAAAAGACAAGGAAAUUAGCCAGGGCAUUACUCGAAGCAGUAUCGGAAACCAUGAGAUUGGAGAGAGGCUACAUGGAAGAAACCUUAAAUUUGGAGUCAAUGUUUCAAUUAUUUGCUGGAAAUUUUUAUCCUCCUUGUCCUCAACCGGAUCAUGCAAUUGGCAUUCCACCACAUACAGAUCAUGGCCUUUUGACGCUUCUGAUACAUAAUGGGGUGGCUGGAUUACAGAUAGAACACAAUGGAGAGUGGUUUAAUGUCAAUUCACCUCAGAAUUCUAUUCUUGUCAACACCGGUGACCAGCUUGAGAUAUUUAGCAAUGGGAGAUGCAAGAGUGUGAAGCAUAGAGCCGUUUUGAAUAACGAGAAGACAAGGAUUUCAAUUGUUGUAGCCAAUGGUCCAUCGCUGGACGCCAUUGUUGGCCCUGCUCCGUCGCUAGUGGCAAGAGAUGGCCGUGCUUCCUAUCUUCCAAUGAAGUACGAAGAAUAUAUUGAAAAGCAACUAACAAAGACUCGAGUCAUUGAAAAAUCCGUCUUGGAACAAUUGAUGAUCCAAGAGAACUAG